AUGUCUUACCCCGUUCUUAUCCACAAGUACACCGACCUGCUUACUGCUAUCGAGUUUAGCAGCCAAAGUGCGCCCGAGCACUUUCUCGUGUUUGUGGGCGGCUUGGGCGACGGUUUUUUGACGGUGCCCUACGUUCCCGCGCUUGCGCAGCAGGUGGCGGCGCGCCUCCCACACUGCGCGGUGGUUCAGGCCCUCAUUUCCUCGAGCUACCUCGGCUUCGGCACCGGCAGCUUGGCGCGUGACGCCGCCGAGUUGGCGCAGUUGGUGCGGUUUUUGCGCACACACCGCGGCACCAGCCGCUCGCGCGUGAUUCUCAUGGGCCACUCCACCGGAUGCCAGGACACCAUGGAGUACUUGAGCAAGUACAGCCAGCGCGCAGACUUUGACGCGGUCGAGGCGCUCGACGGCGCCAUUUUGCAGGCGCCCGUCAGCGACAGCGAGGCGUUCCGCCAUUUUGCCAGCGACCAGGUGGACGAGUUGUUGGCGCUCGCCAAAAGCCACCUUGAAAACGGGCGGCCCGACGAGCUUCUUCCGGCGCGCGCGCUGGACGUCGUGUUUGGCGCGCCCAUUCUGGCGGCGCGGUUUGUGGCGUUGGCCGACCGCCGCGGCGCCGACGACUACUUCUCGCUGUACUUGACGGCAGAGGACCAUGCGCAGACGUUUGGCCGGGUGCGCGUGCCGCUCUUGGUGCUUGAAGGCGGCGCCGACGAGUUUGUGCCUCCGCAUGUGGACCGCGCCGACUUGGUGCGCCUGUGGCAGAAGGCCACGCCGCCCGAGUUUUGGAGCGCGCGCUCCAAGGUGGUGCCGGGCGCGCUGCACAACGCGGGCGAGACUUCGGCGCCAGGCGCGCAGGACGACGUUGUGCGCACCGCCGUGGACUUUGUGGCGGAUGUGUUGGGCGGCGAGUCUGCGCGAGCCGAAUGA